AUGCAGUCCUCCCCGGGAAUGUUGACCAAGUUCGAGUCGAAAUCUUCAAGAGCAAAGGGCAUUGCCUUCCACCCUAAAAGACCAUGGAUCCUCGUGUCGCUCCAUUCAUCCACAAUCCAGCUUUGGGACUAUCGCAUGGGCACCUUGAUCGAUCGAUUUGAAGAGCACGACGGGCCCGUCCGAGGCGUCGACUUCCACAAGACGCAGCCGCUCUUCAUUUCUGGUGGCGACGACUACAAGAUCAAGGUCUGGUCAUACCAAACCCGCCGCUGCCUCUUCACCCUGAACGGCCACCUCGACUACGUCCGGACCGUCUUCUUUCACCACGAGCUGCCUUGGAUUCUCUCGUCAUCCGACGACCAAACCAUUCGGAUAUGGAACUGGCAGAACCGCUCGUUGAUCUGCACAAUGACAGGCCACAACCACUAUGCCAUGUGUGCCCAGUUCCACCCCAAGGAAGACCUCGUCGUUUCCGCAUCACUAGACCAAUCCGUUCGCGUCUGGGACAUAUCUGGCCUCCGCAAGAAACACUCGGCCCCGACCUCCAUGAGCUUCGAAGACCAGAUGGCUCGCGCCAACCAAAACCAGGCUGACAUGUUUGGUAAUACGGAUGCCGUCGUCAAGUUUGUGCUGGAGGGCCACGACCGCGGCGUCAAUUGGGUCGCUUUCCACCCGACAAUGCCCCUGAUCGUUUCCGCUGGCGACGAUCGGCUAGUGAAGCUUUGGCGCAUGAGCGAGACCAAGGCUUGGGAGGUCGACACCUGCAGGGGCCAUUUCCACAACGCUUCGGGCUGUCUCUUUCACCCUCAUCAAGACUUGAUUUUAUCUGCCGGUGAAGACAAGACCAUUCGAGUGUGGGACCUGAACAAGCGAACUGCUGUCCAGUCCUUCAAGCGAGAGAAUGAUAGGUUCUGGGUCAUUGCGGCACACCCUGAGAUCAACUUGUUUGCCGCCGGCCAUGAUAAUGGAGUCAUGGUGUUUAAGCUGGAACGCGAGCGUCCCGCCUCGGCCACACACCAAAACGUGCUCUUCUACAUCAACAAGGAGAAGCAUGUCAAGUCGUACGAUUUCCAGAAAAACGCAGAGAGUCCAACAUUGGUGUCUCUGAAGAAGCUCGGCAGCGCCUGGGUCACCCCACGGACUUUGUCGUAUAACCCUGCUGAGAGAUCGGUCUUGGUGACGACGCCGGCCGACGGGGGAUCAUACGAACUGGUCAACCUUCCAAAAGAUGGAUCUGGGGCCAUUGAGCCGACAGAGACGAAACGGGGUUCUGGCAACGCAGCCAUCUUUGUGGCCAGAAAUCGCUUUGCUGUGCUUGACACGUCCAACCAAACCAUUGACAUCAAGGACCUGUCGAACAACACGACCCGAUCGUUCAAACCGCCGGCCGGAACAUCCGACAUCUACUUUGGUGGCACUGGCAACCUUCUCAUCAUUACCCCCACGGCGUAUGUCGUGUGGUCCAACGACGGCCUUUACGCUGCGCUUCUCAGCAAGCACAAUGUAACAGUCGUGACCAAGACGCUUGAGCAGGUCAGCACUUUGCACGAGACAAUCCGAAUCAAGAGCGCCACGUGGGAUGAUGCCGGAGUCCUUCUCUACUCGACUCUGAACCACGUCAAGUACACCCUGCUCAACGGCGACAACGGCAUCGUCCGAACUCUGGAUCAGACUGUCUACUUGGUGCGAGUCAAGGGUCGCAAUGUGUACUGCCUCGACCGAGGUGCAAAGCCCCGGAUCCUGCAAAUCGACCCCACCGAGUACCGGUUCAAGCUUGCGCUUGUCAAGAGAAACUACGAAGAGAUGCUUCAUAUUAUCCGAACCUCGAGUCUUGUGGGCCAGUCGAUCAUUUCGUAUCUGCAGAAGAAGGGCUAUCCCGAGAUAGCCCUGCAAUUUGUGCAGGAUCCAACUACGCGCUUUGAUCUGGCCAUCGAGUGCAGUAACCUCGACGUUGCUGUUGACAUGUCAAAGGAACUAGACAAGCCCAAGUUCUGGACUCGCUUGGGCACCGAGGCCUUGGCUCAUGGCAACCACCAGAUUGUGGAAAUGUGCUACCAGAAACUCAAGCAGUUCGACAAGCUGUCUUUCCUCUAUCUUGCUACUGGCGAUCACUCCAAGCUUGCCCGGAUGGCAAAGAUUGCAGAGCACCGCGGGGACUUUACCUCUCGAUUUCACAAUGCCUUGUUCCUCGGUGAAGUCGAAGACCGUGUCCAGAUGUUCAAGGAGAUUGAUCUUUACCCUCUGGCUUAUAUGACGGCCAAGUCUCACGGCCUGGAUGAGGAGUGCCAAGCCAUUCUGGAAGCCACUGGUGCGACCGAAGAUCAGCUCAACAUGCCCGCGUUGGGCGGGUCCCUGACACCGCCCAAGCCGGUUGUGCCGACUUUCAAAGCCAACUGGCCCACAAAGGCUAACUCGCAGUCCUUCUUCGAGAAGGCCUUGCUUGGUCAGGUGGAGGGGCUGUCUCUCGGAGACAAGCCGGCUGGCGCCGACGGAAUGGCUUUGGAUGACGGCGCGGAGUUGGACGCCGCCACGAAACGAAAUGGCGCCCUGGCCGAGGACGAAGACGAAGACGUGGCCGGCUGGGACAUGGGCGAAGACGAUGUGCCUGAGGCCGACAGCGACUUCAUCAAUGUCGACAGCGCCGACGCCGGCGGAGCGGGCAGCAGCGAAGCCGAUCUUUGGGCGCGAAACUCCCCUCUGGCAGUCGAUCACAUUUCUGGCGGCUCGUUUGAGACUGCCAUGCAGCUCUUGAACCGUCAAGUCGGCGCCGUGAACUUUGCGCCGCUGAAGCCUCGCUUCUUGGAGGUUUACCGAGCAUCCAGGACCUUCUUACCUGCCUCCUCCGGCCUGCCGUCUCUAAUCAACUAUGUUCGCCGAACUGUCGACGAAACGGACCCCCGUCAAGUGCUCCCUAUUGUUCCCCGAGACCUAGAGUAUCUUGCCGCCAAUGACUUGCAAAAAGGAUACGAUUCCAUGAAAGCCAACAAGCUGGAGGACGGACGUGCACUGUUCAAGGGCAUUUUGCACGCAAUUCUGAUCAACGCCGUAUCAAGCGAGGACGAAGUGGCUGAGGCAAAGAAGCUCAUCAUUUCGGCGAGCGAGUAUGCCGUGGCCAUGGACAUUGAGCUGGCGCGAAGGACGCUUGGCGGCCCGGAUGUCGUGGCCCAGGAUCCAGCCAAGUUGAAGAAGAGCCUGGAGCUGUCGGCGUACUUCACGAUCCCAAAGAUUGAGGUGCCGCACAGACAGCUGGCUUUGCUGAGUGCGAUGCAGCUUGCGGUCAGGAACAAGAACUACAAUUCGGCUCUCAGCUUUGCCAACCGCAUCAUUGCCAACGGUGGAUCCAGCAAGAUUGUGGAGAAUGCCAAAAAGACCAAGGCUCAGUGCGAGAGGAACCCCAACGACGCCAUCGACAUCGAGUUUGACCAGUUUGCCGAGUUUGAAGUAUGUGCUGCCAGUCACACGCCCAUCUACAGCGGGACCUCGUAUGAAGAAUGCGCCUUCGACGGAUCCAAGUACCACUCCAAGUACAAGGGCACGGUAUGCAGGGUGUGCGAGGUUUGCGAAAUUGGCAAGCACGGUAGUGGUUUGAAGCUCUUCGCAUAG